ACAUUGUGAGACUUUUAUCGGCUCACUUGGGAAAGGUUUUGUUUUGUCGCCUAAGGGAAACUGGCUCAUACCCACGAGGAAGAUUGACCACACUGUCGAUUAUAAAGGUAAACGCUGCGGAACAUACUCGGUUUCGAAGAAGCAAGGCUCGCGCGUGAACGGCAGUCGGUUCUCGAUGUGGACCUCUGCUAGGCUCCCUCCGUCUUGAGUCCAGCCGCUCACGGUAGGCAAUUAGGUCUUGAUCGCUGCCGCGGAGAAGUGUUAGCUUUGUUAUCGCUCUGGAUGUACCAUGCUGCUAGGCUUGUGCAACCACCGCACCGCUGGGCUGCGUCAAGUGACCGUCGAGCUGCGCAGCUGCAAGGUGAGGCGGGCAGCAGCCAUGUCAUCCAAACAGCAGCCGGCUGGAAGCCAACCACUGGGUGCCAUGCCACCUGGAGGCAUGAGUGCCUUGCGUCGCCAUGCUCGCAGCUUUCUUGAACAUGGUAUCGAGCAGGUUCUCCCAAAUGCACUGGUAACAAAGGCAGUGCAGCGUGAGGGUGAUGCGCUGCGUGUGAACAACCAGCUGGUGCCUCUGGCGCACAACGCCUACCUUGUCGGCUUUGGCAAGGCCGUCGGGGGCAUGGCCAACGUCAUGCAGACUCUGUUGGCCGAUCACCUAAUUGAGGGCGUCAUCAGUGUGCCGCAGGGCACUCGACAGAUAGCAGCCAACAUGAAUCGUCCAGAGAUGCUGCCCAAUCCUAAUGGCUCAGUCAAGGUGCUGGAAGGUGCCAAGGACAACGUGCCGGACGACAGGGCAGUGGCUGCUGCUGCAGCCAUUGUGGCCCUCAUGCACAGGCUCAAGGACACGGACAUCCUCAUUGUGCUCAUCUCAGGAGGUGGUUCAGCGCUGCUGACAUACCCAGUGCCACCCCUGACCCUGAAAGAUAUUAAUCGAACCACGCAGCUGCUUCAGUCAAGUGGGGCUCGCAUCACAGAGAUUAAUGCGAUUCGCAAGCGCAUCUCGGCCGUCAAGGGCGGUGGCCUGCUGCGACAGACCACUGCUCAAAUGCUGUCACUCAUUCUCUCUGAUGUGGUGGAUGACCCGCUGGCAAGCAUUGCCAGCGGCCCAACGGUGCCCAACAAGGACGAUCCAGGCCUACCACUGCGACUGCUCGACAAGUAUCACAUACGGGACAAAGUGCCACCAGUCGUGGUGGAAGUGCUGGAGCACGUUGUGUCUCACCUAGGUCCACCUACCACACAGUCCCUGAAUGUGCUCAUAGGCAACAACAAGGUGAUGUCUCGUGCCGUGUGUCUAUUGGCUCGCCAGACAGGCUACCAGUCAUACCUGCUGACCACCUCGCUCGUUGGUGGAUCGCGCAAUGUGGGCAAGGCUAUGGCACAGCUGGCCUUCUACCUAUGCUACGGCGAUUCUGUGGUGCCUGUUGCACAUGACCCAGUCCCCGACAUUGCCCAGAACCUUCAGGUACGGAUGGCCAGGAUGGGCCGACGGAUGCGGCAGGUGCCAUGGUGCACAUCUCGACCGUGCCCGAAGCCUCCGCUCAGGGCAUCGAUGCCACGGGAGACCUGGAGCGCAAUGACUCUCACCACUUCUUCCGCACGUUCAACGGUGGUGCCGACCACCUCAUCACGGGGCUCACCGGCACCAACGUCAUGGACCUGCACAUGCUGCUUCUGCGCCGAAAGCCUGCCAACAGCUAGCACCACAUUUGACAAAGUAUUUUUUAAAUGAAAUAUGUCUGCUGGACUGGCACACUCGAAAGCAGCUGGCACAGGCAGGAAAUGCUUGUGGAUGUGGCAUGUUGAGCGUCUCUUGUGAGGCGAUAUUAGCAGCCAUGAAACCUCCUAGUGCCAUUGACGAAGCAUGCCUCCUUGACAGCUGUUUUUAAUUUCUUCCCGUCACUUUACAGGUUGUAACUUAUAUACACACACACACAUUAGUGCAAACAUCAUACGCAAAUAAGCACUACCUACAGUCGUAAAAUCUGUGUAGAUUAAGUCGUGUGGUCUGCCUAAGGAAUAAAAAAAAAAGAAAGCUUUGUAUGGAAUGAAAGAACAUUGCACAACCAAUCUUAUCUUAGACUGCUUGCCACAAACUAGUGUAUAUUCCCCUGGACUGCUAUGAAAUAAUUCUGUUCAUUACAGUUGCCCUGUGAUAUGAAUUUUUUAGGCUUGGCAGUGACAGAUUUUAACAAGGUUUAGGGAAUACUUGGAAUAAUCAUAAGAUAAUUUUUGUACAUUUGGGUACACUGCGUGGUAAUGUUGCUCAUUUUUGC